AUGCCCUUCCUCAAACUCGUCCCCGUCGAGCGACCUGCUACUCCCCUAGCGCAGCUGUCCGCGACCACCACUGGCACCUCGACUGCUACCAGCAACGGCAACGCCAGUAAAUCGGAACAGCCUCUCCUCAAACACUCCAGCACGCAAACCACAAAGGAGGACAGCAACCUCGAUACGUGCACCGGGUGCAAAUACUUGAAACUGACGCCAGAGACGAACACAUCCAUCGCUGCCCGUGCUCAGGCUCAAGCUGAAGCUCCGAAGUCAUCUACUCGUGUGGAGCAGGAGAUUCAUGGGGACGACAAGGCUGCCGGAGCUCAGGAGAAGUGA